AUGAAGUGGUUGCCUAAUUUGGGGCCCAUGGGUGUCAGCCGUAAUCAAGUUGUGCUCGACUGGUUGAGACAGCCAGGCAAUUGUGAACGAUUUAUGCAAGCUGGUUGUAGGAGCAAGCGACUUGGUGCAGUAAACGAGAACAAGACUGAAGUUGCAGGGUUGGUGUGCACCUUGUUGCAGAAUGCUGGAUUCCGGGGCAUCACGCCUCAAGCUGUGGUGGUCAAGUUGACUUCGUUGAUAAAAAGCUAUAAGCGUGCACAUGCAUUAGCGGCCUCAGGAGCCAGUGAAGAUCGAGUCCUGAAUGCAUGCUCCGAUUACUACACCCUCGUUGACCAUAUUGGUAUCGCCAUCACCGCCUCCACAUCCACCACCAAUAACAACAACAAUCCAGAUUCACAAGAAGUAGCUUCUCUCGCAUCUCGUCGCGUAUCGUCGCGUUCGCGAAUUCCUCGGCCAGCAAGUCCACAAACAAGUGAAACCACCACCACCACCACCACAAACAACAAUCCACGUCCACAAGAAGAAGCUACCCCUGAACCUCGUCCUGUACAGCGUUCUCGUCCUCGUCAGCCAACUUCCAGAGCAGGUAACAGGAAGUGGAUUUACAUUGUGCAAUCAAUUUACAAAGCAUUAUCAAUGGUUCGCAAAGUAGCUCGAGCAAGACCAUAUAACCUGCCACCAUCACAACAUCAAGGACAAUCAUUGAAUCAAGCACGUCGAGCUCGCAUCGAAGAACUCCAAGCCCAUGCAGCAUUGAUUCAACAGAUGCGAGAAGCCGGCUUUACAAAGGAUGAAAUAGUCUCAUACGUCCAACAACUCCUCCAACAAUAG